GUGACGCUCACCAGGAAGUGCCGCAGCCCAAGCGUGUGUAUUUGUUUACAGAGUUUCCGUCCGCGCCUCGUUCGAAGCUCUUCUUGCGAACGAAACACGUCACACUUUACGUCAAAUUACCUCAAAUACAUUCCGCGUGUCACCGACACACAUCCUCCCGUGUGCCCGUCACGUUUGCGCCGCUUGACAAUGGAGCCAUCAGCCGCUAACGAGACAUGCUAACGCCAGGCUACGUUAGCUUGCUAACUUGCAGCGCCCUCUUCACGUUACGCCGUCAUGUAAUCGUGAGUGACAGCGUCGUUGUUUCACCUCAAGGUUACAAAGCGCAAAGCUGAUCACCGAGUUGGUUCUGCCGCUACUGUGUUAGCCUCAUUCAGCGAGUUAGGGUUAGCCAGUUAGCCAGCUGGAGGAGAAGCAGCCAUGGGAGAUCAUCAUAAAACAGGAUGACCUCUCAGAACAUGUCUCUGAAAACUCAAGAAUAAUGACCAAAGAAGACCCGGUGCAUCAUGGGAUUGUCUGACGUCUAUUGGGAUCACCACAUACCCCUGCCAAAGCUCGCUCCGGCCCCGGCCAAGGUCACCGUCGCCCUGCUGGCCCUCCUGUGCUUCAUCAACAGCUAUGACGGGGAGUUCGUGUUUGACGACUCCGAAGCGAUCGUCAACAACAAGGACUUGAAACCAACGACACCCUUGAACAACAUCUGGAGCAAUGACUUCUGGGGAAGUAACCUGAGCAGCAACUCGAGUCACAAAUCCUACCGACCUCUCACCGUCCUGACUUUUAGGCUGAACUACCUCUUGGCGGGAGGCCUGCACCCUGUCGGCUUCCACGUCCUUAACAUUGUCCUCCAUGCCGCCAUAUCCGCCCUCAUGAUUGAUGUGUUUGCGAUACUGAUUGGUGGACUGGCCUAUGAUGAGAAAGAUCGGCUGAUGAACCACGCUCCUAAGACGUCUCUGCUCGCUGCCCUCUUCUUUGCUGCACAUCCAGUCCACACAGAAAGUGUGGCAGGUAUAGUGGGUCGAGCAGAUCUUUUAUGUGCUCUGUUCUUCCAGCUUUCUUUCCUCACCUACUGCAAAGCCUUCAACAGAGGGAGUGACAGAGAUGACAGGUUUUCUGUCCGGUGGGUUGUGGCCAGCCUCUUGCUGUGUGCUGCAGCAAUGCUCUGUAAAGAACAAGGCAUCACAGUGUUGGGUGUGAAUGCAGCCUUUGAUGUCCUCCUGAUCUGUAAUGUUAAUGUGUAUGAACUCAGCCAGAGGCUACUCCUGAGGAAGAAUCCACUCGAUGUAAGUGACACGUUACGAACCGGGCUGCUUACCCGACUGGCUCUCAUGGGUCUGGGAGGACUCCUGAUGCUCUAUGCACGCUGGAGGAUCAUGGGAACAGGACCACCAGCAUUCACUGAAGUAGACAACCCGGCCUCUUUUGCAGAAAAUAUAUUUCUUAGAAUAGUGAACUAUAAUUACUACUACUCUCUGAAUGCCUGGCUGCUGCUGUGUCCCUGGUGGCUGUGUUUUGAUUGGUCCAUGGGCUGUGUGCCCCUCAUUAAGGCAGCCACUGAUUGGAGGAUGGUGUGGCUACUGCUGCUCUGGUGCGUCCUGAUAGGCUUGAUAAGCCAAGCCUUAUGCUCGCAGGACAGCCAGAGAAGGAGGACACUGACCUUGGGUCUGGUGCUGCUCGUAGUCCCUUUCCUGCCAGCCUGCAACAUUUUUUUCCGGGUGGGCUUCGUCGUCGCCGAGAGAGUGCUCUACCUGUCUUCGGCCGGCUACUGCCUGCUGCUGGCCUACUCCGUGGGACACUGCUGCUGUCGCUGGAGCAAAUACAGGAAGCUGCUGUGUGUGUCGGUGCUUGUGCUGUUGUCAGUGUAUGUAGCUCGCUGCGCUCUCCGCAGUCACCAGUGGCGGUCGGAGCAAAGCCUCUUCACCAGUGCCCUUUCUGUCUGUCCCCUCAAUGCCAAGGUCCAUUACAAUGUUGGUAAGAACUUGGCUGACAGAGGAAAUGCAACGGCCGCUAUUGGAUAUUACAGAGAGGCCGUCAGGCUUCAUCCCACAUACGUCCACGCCAUGAACAACCUGGGGAAUAUCCUGAAGGAGAGGAAUGAACUGAUCGAGGCAGAGCAGCUUCUAUCUAAAGCCGUUUCUAUUCAGUCUGACUUUGCUGCUGCUUGGAUGAAUUUGGGAAUAGUUCAGAACAGCCUACAGAAAUUUGAGGAAGCAGAGCACAGCUACAAGAACGCCAUUCGCUUCCGGAAAAAAUACCCAGACUGCUACUAUAACCUGGGACGCUUGUAUGCUGACCAGAACAGACAUGUGGAUGCCCUGAACGCAUGGAGGAAUGCAACCGUACUCAAACCUGACCACAGCCUGGCGUGGAACAACAUGGUCAUUCUGCUGGACAACACUGGUAACCUUGCUCAAGCAGAGUUGAUCGGCCGAGAGGCUCUGAAGCUCCUCCCCAACGACCACACGAUCAUGUUUUCAUUGGCUAACGUCCUGGGGAAAUUACAGAAAUACAAGGAGUCCGAGGGCUUCUUCCUUCAAGCUCUUCGGAUCAACCCAAAUGCUGCUGGUUGCCAUGGCAAUUUAGCGGUGCUGUAUCAUCGCUGGGGAAAGCUGGAGCUGGCAAAGAAACACUAUGAGCUGUCUCUACAGCUGGACCCCGAGGCUCCUGGGACCAGAGACAACUACAACAUGCUGCGACGUAAACUGGACCAACUUAAACGCAGCACACCCUGAAGGAACCUUCUGGGAUCCAUGCCCCCGCUGUAAAACUAGAUUUUUUCCAUUGUUUCACUCGGUAUGAUUUUUAACUGACAAAUUCUGACUUUGUACCAUUUGGAAAUAAAAACCAUGAUCUGUU